AACACAAAAUCUAGUACCGGCACUGGCGAGUAAAAGCGCACUAUAUUUUGUCGUACUAAUAAUUGUGAGUUUAGUAGCUACUUUUAAAAAUUAAAAUACUUAAAAAUAACCCACAGAACAUAGGUCUACGAAAAACUAUUUUUAAUAAUUAUCGUAAACAUAACGUGGAGCAAGCGCGGAGAGGCUGCUGACACUUUAUUAGGAAACUAUGGAAAAGACUUUAUUUUUGUUCUUCCUGAUAUAUUUAACAUGCCCAGUUCAAACAGAGGUUGGACCCUGCGGCUCAAGGAAUUUCCAGUGCGGCAAUGGGAAGUGUAUUACGAUGAGAUGGAUAUGUGAUGGUACAGAUGACUGCGGUGAUGGCACUGAUGAGCUCCCUGCUUCCUGCAUGGCAAAGACAUGCAAACCCAGUGAGUUCCGCUGUGGUGGACGGUUAAACCAGUGUGUGCCUAACAGCUGGAAAUGUGAUGGCAAGGCAGACUGUGAGAACGGAGCCGAUGAAGCCGGCUGCAGUCCCAGACAGUGUCUGAAUGGUGAAUUCCGCUGCAGCAAUGGUCAGUGUGUGUCUCAGGCUUUCGUCUGUGAUGAAGAUGCUGACUGUGAUGACGGCAGUGAUGAAGCGCAGUGUCAGCCCACUACCUGCAGCUCGACUGCUUUUCGCUGCAACAACUCAGUGUGCCUGCCGCGCCUGUGGGCCUGUGACGGAGAUACUGAUUGUGCAGAUGGUUCAGACGAGUGGCCUCAGAACUGCGGCCACCGACCUUCUCCAUCUCCCAGUAGGCCCUGCUCCAAUAUGGAGUUCCAUUGUGGCAUUGGGGAAUGUAUUCCAAACCCCUGGAGAUGUGACGGAGAUCCCGACUGCCCCGAUCAAUCAGAUGAGAAAGACUGCGCCGUAUCCACAUGCCGGCCAGAUGAGUUCCGCUGUGGUGAUGGAUCAUGUAUCCACGGGAGCCGCCAGUGUAACCAGGUGUAUGACUGUCAGGAUAUGAGUGAUGAACUGGGCUGUGUCAAUUCAACCCAUUGUGAAGCACCAUCCAGGUUUCAGUGUCGCAGCGGUGAAUGCAUCAGCAUGGACAAAGUUUGCGACAAGCGGCGUGAUUGUAGGGAUUGGUCCGAUGAGCCACUGCGUGAGUGUGAUUCUAACGAGUGUCUGUACAACAAUGGUGGCUGCUCUCAUAUCUGUAAUGACCUAAAGAUUGGCUACGAGUGCUUGUGCCCCAGUGGAUUCCUCUUGGUAGACAAGAAACGCUGUGAAGAUAUUGAUGAGUGUGCCAAUGGGGACACAUGCAGUCAAAUCUGUGUGAAUCAGGUGGGCAGCUACAAGUGUGAGUGUGCUGAAGGUUACCAAGUAGAUCCAGCAACCAAAGCCUGCAAAGCUAUUGGAACUGUAGCCUAUCUAUUUUUCACUAACCGCCACGAGGUGAGGAAGAUGACUCUGGAUAAGAGUGAGUACACGCAAGUCAUCUCACGUCAGAAAAACAUAGUAGCACUGGACAUGGACAUCGCCAACAAGGAGAUCUUCUGGUCUGAUCUGUCCCUCAAGAAAAUUUAUAGAGCUCCCAUGGAUGCAGCGUUAGACUCAUCUCAGCAUAGCACUGUGAUUGACUCUGGCUUGGGUGCACCCGAGGGGCUUGCAGUGGACUGGAUCCAUGGUAAUAUCUACUGGACAGAUAGUGUACGUGGUGCCAUCUCUGUAGCCACAGCAGAUGGAAAGAAGCGCAAGACGCUCUUUGGAAAAGACCUGACCAAGCCAAGAGCUAUUGUGGUUGACCCAAUUAAGAAUUUUGUGUACUGGACUGACUGGGGUACGCCUGCUAAAAUUGAGAGGGGCGGCCUGAAUGGAGUUGAUCGCAGCACUUUGGUGUCUGAUAACAUUGUCUGGCCCAAUGGGAUAACUCUUGAUCUGUUGAACCAGCGUCUGUACUGGGUGGACUCUAAACUGCAUACCCUCGCCAGUAUUGAUGUGCAGGGAGGUGGCCGUCGUACACUCAUUCUAGACCAGGGCCGACUGGCACAUCCACUUAGUGUCACAGUGUUUGAGGAGCGAGUAUUCUGGACUGAUGUUAGCAACAAUGCUAUUCUGAGUGCUAACCGUGUGACAGGGGGAGACAUCACAAACGUAGCAGAACACCUCACAUCUCCAGAGGACAUUGUGCUGUAUCACAACUUGAAGCAGCCCAGUGCUGUGAAUUGGUGCAAGUUCAACAAUGGUGGCUGCGAGUUCCUGUGCUUGGCUGCACCACAGGUCAGCGUCUUCUCACCCAAGUACACAUGUGCUUGCCCUGAUGACAUGAUGCUGGACAAAGAUAUGAGGAAAUGUGUCCCUGCUGUUCCAACAACAGCACCACCAGUCCAGCCCAAAGUUCCCACCACAGGCCGCCCUCAUAUAACCCCACAUACUACACCAAAAACAUCUGCCCCAAGAACCACCAAAACUUCAGUUCCAAUCGUCACCACUGCGGCGAAGACACAACCCACAGAUGCAGCCAGAGCCAAAACCCCCACAGUCAACACUCAUUAUGAAGUGACCACACAGACAAACAGUCACAGUGCUGUUGCAACAGUCAGAGAAGAAUCUUCUACACUGCUGGCUCUUUACAUUGCAUUGCCCUUCGUGGUUUUAUGCCUCCUGGGAUUUGGUGGCUUGUUGCUGUGGAGGAACUGGAAGCUGAAAAACACCAACACCAUUCAUUUUGAAAAUCCAGUCUACCAGAAGACCACAGAGGAUAAAGUUCACAUCUGCAAGAACUACAGCUCUGAUGGCUACUCCUACCCACCGAGGCAAGUUGUCAGUCUUGAUGAUGAAUUAUGAACUUUACCAUCUAUGCUAAUACUGACUACACAAUCUGAAGGUGCUGCAGUAACAAGCUGGAACAAGCUCAAUGAAUGGAUGUUUAGAGAUUGUUGUUGUGUCCAAGGACACUAAAUCACUUUUUUAGAGGCAAUUCCUGGGGCAGGCUCAUCCAGGCUCAUCCACUGCAGGCUUCUAUGAAACACAGGGAAACAAAGCAACCUCAAAAAUCAUUGACCUCUCAUAUGUGGUAUGUGUAUGUAAGACAAGACUGCAGUAUUGUUAAAUAGAGUAUUCUCACUGAAGAAAUGUUGUAAAUAUUGUGUAUGUGGAGUUUUACAUUUUUGAAUGCAUUGUAAAUACUAGUUCACACACCACUAUAUGGUAUACACUAUAUGGCCAUAAGACCUUUGCUGAUUUAGUCCCCCUUUGCUAUUAUAAUAAUGUCCACUCUUCUGGGAAGGCUUUCCACUGGAUAUUGGAGUGUGGCUGUGGGGAUUUGCUCAUUCAGCUACAAGAGCAUUUGUCAGGUCAGGCACUGAUGUUGAGUGAGGAGACCUGGUGCGCAGUCGGUGUUCCAGUGCAUCCCAAAAGUGUUCGGUGGUGUUGAGGUCAGGGCUGUGAAGGCCACUCGAGUUCUUCCACUCCAACCUUGGGAAACCAUGUCUUCAUAGACCUCACUUUGUGGACAGGGGCACUAUCAUGCUUGGGCCCCUUAAUUCCAUUGAAGGGAAAAUGUAAUGCUACAGCAAACAAAGACAUCCUAUACAAUUGUGUGCUUCCAACUCUGUGGCAAUAGUUUGAGGAAGACCCACAUAUGGGUGUGAAGGUCAGGUGUCCACAAACCUUUGGCUAUAUAGUGUAAGUACCAAAACCUCAGGUCAUACACAUAUAUUUAUGGCUAAUUCUUAAAAGGCUUUUGUCAAUACUGAAUGAAGUAGCAACACCUCCUGUUCCAUGUAAAACAUCAGUUCAGCACCUCAAAAUGGUGCUCUUGUCACUCAGAUGAACCGUUCACCAGCAGUGGUUUGAUAAACCAAAGUCUAUGAAAACUGUAAAACUGAUGAGGCCGUGUAGUUGAUUACGUUUUUUAAAUAGAAACACUGUUGAAUACAAAUCGGUAACCCAGCAAUAUCUCAUUGCUUGUUCUGUUAUGGAUUAUUUUUAUGCUUGUGUUUUUGCUGUUCGUUCUUUUUGUUCGCCUCUGCAGAUUAGUCAUCAAUGUUGUUUCGUUUUGUUGUUUUGUUCAGUGAUCCCUGUGAUUAAGAUGAGAGACCAGUGCAUGUAUGUAAUUCAUCCAUGAGGAUGUGUAAAUAUUUUACUUGUAUAUGUAAAUACAAUUUUUUGUCACCCUAGUUUGGACAUUUUUAAAGCCCUCAGAUGUACAUAAACAAAUUUCUUUAUUUAUUGUAGAAUUCACAUGCCUUAAUUGACAUUUUGAAUGACCUUAUCUGUAUCAUCCCCUCUUUCUAAAUCUAAAGACCAUUACGUAUGAUGCUGUUUGCUCUGAUCAGCUGACGUAGUUGUACACAGAAUGAUCUGAUUGCAUUUCACAUUUCUCAACAUGGUAUGAACUGUGAUUUGUAUUUUUUAGGAAGAAGUUCUGAAAAUUUCUUGGGCUUACACUGAUUUUGAAAAAAAGGAAAUAAACAUAUACAA